AUGAACUCUCUCCUCACCUUUGCUGUGCUGUUUGCCUGGGGCUUGUCCCCAGCUCAUGGGAACCUCUGGGAUCUGUACAAGAUGAUCACAAAGGCUACGGGGCAAAAUGCUUUGCUGCAUUACUCCUCCUACGGCUGCUACUGCGGCCUGGGGGGCAAAGGGCAGCCCAAGGAUGCCACGGACAGAUGCUGCCAGCUGCAUGAUACCUGCUACCACAGCCUCCUGAGCCACCACUGCAACGCCAAGACACAGGGUUACCACUACGGCUGGCACGGCCACAGCCCCUCCUGCAGACAAGACUCCUGGUGCGCCCAGCUCUCCUGCGAGUGCGACCGCAGCCUGGCACUCUGCCUGAAGAGAAACAUGGGGAGCUACAGCAAACGCUACCGCUUCCAUCCCAAGCGCCGGUGCCGGUGA